AUGAGCACAACGGAACGGAAAACGAAAACAGAUAUCGACCUCAAUAAGGUGAGCCUUUUCUUACAACAUUCUUUCCCAGAAAUAUAGGUUUUCAGGUUCCUGGAUUGGAUCAUCAUCGGACCGCCGUCACUUUCAACUGUCUCAUUCUCAAAAUGCUCGAGAUUCUCAAUCAUUUCGGAAAUGAAAUGGAAGAAGUGUUGGAAAGAGCCGAUAGCUCACUGACCACCGCCGACCGAAAGCUCCGGCUACUCGAGGCUAAACUGGAGGAUGUGCAGCUGGAACCAGAGACAAAUAACGUCCAGAAGCCGCCAGCGACGUCGUCUGAAGCGACAGAAGCCUCGACAUCAGCUCCAGAAGCGAAAAAGCCAGAAGUCGUUGCUGAGACUACUCCAGCAGUUGUAGAAAUGAAUUCCCCGGAACCUUCCACGUCAACGUCUCAAACUGCGUUGAUCAAGGAUGAUCCAGCGUUCGCGAAGUACUUCAAAAUGCUCAAAAUGGUAAAAAAAGGAUUUCAGUUAAAUUUCCUAAAUGCUCUGUUCAGGGCGUUCCGGAAGCAGGAGUCAUCCAGAAAAUGGCGUCAGAAGGCGUCGAUCCGUCGAUUCUCCAACGUGGCGAUGAGCCGUCAAUUCUCCAGAUUCAGCUGCCUCCCGAUUAUGACUCUUCCGGCGAAUCGGUCUCUUCGUUUUCCGAUUCCGAUUGA